AACAGAGUGGGAUUUCAAAUCUGAAAGAGAUGUCACAUAUAAUCCUACCUCAUAAUACUCUCCUAUUGCAUUCGGUUGUUGUGUACACAGCUCAUCUUACAGAGUUGUUUUGGCCCGUCCUUUGCCUCGACCUCUUCCUCUACCACGGCCUCUUCCUCUUCUGCUGUAUGCCAAGACCUUGGUUGUACCCGGACUGCUACUUGCCGAGUUUGAGUUUGGUAGAGACUGGUCUCCUGGGAGCCACUCUUCUUCGUGCGUGCUUGAACUGUUAUGUGAGGCACUUGAUUCGCUGUCAUCGUUUUCGUUGUUAAUUGCACCAUCUGAGCCAUUCCCUACUGCCAUAUCAUCAGCUAUAGGCUGAGAAGCCUCGGUAAUUAAUUAAUUACUCCAAUUCGUGAGAACGAAAUGUUAAUGACUUAAUAUGUAAACAAAGGUGGGGGACACAACAUGGAAUGAGUCAAGUUGUACCUCAUUAGAAAAUUCAACAAAUUUGGUCAAAAUAAAAAGACGAUGAUGAAGUGAAGUCUCUCUCAGAUCUAAAAGCCCAUCGCGAGCUAGAUGAGAUCUACCACUUUCUUCUCAAGUCCUUGUCUGAAUUGAAUUCUCUUUCCAAAACCGCCGCCACCUGAGAGGGUCUGAAGGUUCGGCGGAGGGAGGAUGCAUCUGCCGGAGGUUUCAAAUGGCGGUGGCUCAGGUUUUCCGGUGGUCUCCGUCGGAAGUAAGAUGAAUAGGUAUCGGAGAAUGGACUCCGACGCGGAUGAAUCGCAGACUCAUCUUGAAGCAGAGGCAAGAAACAGCAGAACCAGAAAAUACGUUAUGGCUUGUGCUUUUUUUGCGUCGUUGAAUAAUGUUCUUCUCGGCUACGAUGUUGGGGUAAUGAGCGGUGCGGUGUUGUUCAUUCAGCAGGAUCUUAAAAUAACGGAGGUGCAGACUGAAGUACUCAUCGGCAGCCUCAGCAUCAUUUCUCUCUUCGGAAGCUUAGCCGGUGGUAGGACCUCCGACUCCAUCGGUAGGAAAUGGACCAUGGCUUUGGCUGCUCUCGUCUUCCAGACCGGUGCUGCGGUGAUGGCUGUGGCUCCGUCCUUCGAGGUCUUGAUGAUCGGAAGAACUUUUGCUGGCAUUGGGAUCGGGCUUGGUGUCAUGAUCGCGCCUGUCUACAUCGCCGAGAUAUCCCCAACUGUAGCAAGAGGCUUUUUCACGUCCUUCCCUGAGAUCUUCAUAAACUUAGGGAUCUUGCUUGGCUAUGUCUCCAACUACGCCUUCUCGGGCCUUUCCGUGCACAUCAGCUGGAGGAUCAUGCUUGCAGUUGGUAUUCUUCCUUCCGUUUUCAUAGGAUUUGCGCUGUGCGUGAUCCCUGAGUCGCCGAGGUGGCUGGUCAUGAAAGGCCGAGUGGACAGUGCACGAGAGGUGCUCAUGAAAACGAACGAGCGAGAUGACGAGGUGGAAGAGCGUCUCGCAGAGAUACAACUGGCGGCUGCACAUACACAAGGCAGCGACGAGGAGAGACCCGUGUGGCGUGAGCUUCUAAGCCCAUCUCCUGUUGUAAGGAAAAUGCUGAUCGUUGGGUUUGGGAUCCAAUGUUUCCAGCAGAUCACAGGUAUCGACGCCACCGUCUACUACAGCCCAGAGAUCCUGAAAGAAGCAGGGAUACAGGGGGAGACAAAACUGCUUGCUGCAACUGUGGCUGUUGGGGUCACAAAAACAGUCUUCAUACUAUUUGCCACCUUCCUGAUCGAUAGCCUUGGCCGGAAACCACUGCUCUAUGUGAGCACUAUUGGAAUGACUCUGUGUCUCUUUUGUCUAAGCUUCACGCUCACAUUCCUCGGCCAAGGAACUCUUGGCAUAACCUUGGCUCUUCUGUUUGUUUGUGGGAAUGUUGCCUUCUUCUCUAUUGGGAUGGGACCUGUUUGCUGGGUCUUGACUUCAGAGAUCUUCCCAUUACGGUUAAGAGCCCAGGCCUCUGCCCUUGGGGCGGUUGGGAACAGGGUGUGCAGCGGUCUUGUGGCUAUGUCCUUCCUCUCCGUCUCACGUGCCAUCACUGUCGGAGGAACCUUCUUCGUCUUCUCCCUUGUGUCUGCGCUCUCGGUUAUCUUCGUGUAUGUGCUAGUCCCAGAGACAAGUGGGAAGUCGCUGGAGCAGAUAGAGUUGAUGUUUCAGCCUCAGGGAGGGCUGGAAAGAAAAGACGGUGAAGUUGAGCUUGGAGACGCUGAGCGUCUUGUGCGCAAGUAACAGAUUUUUUGAAUGUUAUAUAUACUUUGGGCGCAGAAAUGAACAUGUUAAAGUAGAAGAGGCAGAAGAGAAGAGAUAUUCGUGUUUUAGAUCCAGAGAAAGUAAGACAGAUCUUCUAAGUGCCUUUGAUGAUGGUAUAUAGAGUAAUAGAACCAUUGCAUUUGCAUAUUCAAAAUGGUUAAGGUUUCAAGAUUCGGAUUAUCAAACGAAGAAUGAGACAACAUUACAAUAACAACACUUUUAUCACUUCUACUUCUUUUGCCAACCAAUAACACUUACCACUUUUAUUGGUGUGAGUGAGACAUAGAUAAAACGAAUUUGUCUUAAAAGGGUUGUUGUUAUAAAUAGAUGGUUGGUUAUUUA